UUUACAAUUUGUUCUUAAAAUUAAAAAUAUAAAUGAAACUAUUGCUUUCAAUUUAUCUCCAAAUUUCAGAAAGAAAGAGAUUAAAGAAGGGACAGAUGUCAUGAACGAAAACGAAACAGUUAAUGAGGAUGAAGAUGAACAAGGAAAAAAGAAACGUCGUAAACGACGAAUUUUAUUCACAAAAGCUCAAACUUUUGAACUUGAACGAAGAUUUCGUACGCAAAGGUAUCUUUCGGCGCUAGAACGUGAACAGUUGGCUAUGCAAAUUAGACUGACACCUACGCAAGUGAAAAUUUGGUUUCAAAAUCACAGGUACAAAACGAAAAAAACUUAUGAGGACAAAGGGAUGAAUGGUACUUUGAUUUCUGGUCAUAUGCCCAUGGCACCCUCUGCUACUAAUUUUGCACAUUCGAAACGGAUUCCAGUCCAAAUGUUGGUUCAAGAUGGAAAACCUUGUCCUGCAGAUUUUGUUACCAACACUUGUUCCACACCAAGUGCUCUUUCUGCAAGUUUUGCACCAAAUGCAAAUUAUUUUGCACCUGCGAAUUCCAUUUUACCCGCUACUUCACAUUAUUACAUGCCAAAUGGAUGGGCAUGGUAG